AUGAGAAUAAGUGCAUCUGUUAUUGAUUCUUUUCUAAUUUUUCUCAGUUUGUUAUUACCAUCAUCGGCAAGUAAAACUGUUGGAGAUGUUUCUUACGUUGCCAAUGUACCAUUACAAUGGGUUAAUUGUAGUACAUGGACUGACCAAUUAGCGAUUGAAAAGGUUGAAGCAAAUUUAUGGCCACCAAAACGAAAUCAGUUAUUAACAGUAUAUGUAUCAGGUGUGGCGAAAGAAUCAUUUCUAUAUGGAAAUUAUGACAAGACAAUUGUUUAUCGUGGAUAUUCCUUACCAUCAAUAUUCGGAUCAUUAGAUGAUCUCGGAAUUAAAUUGGCUGUUUAUCCAGGUCCAUUACAAAUGAUUAUAUUCAAUAGUACAAUACCUGAGGUAGCACCCGAUGGGCAAUAUGAUAUAUAUGUUAAAGCAUAUGAGCAAGAUCAUGCAGAAGUCCUAUGCGUUAAAUUCAGUUGGGAAUUCUAA